AGAUCAGUUCCUGAUUGAGUAAGUGAAUAAGUGAAUAUAAGGCCAUGUGCCUCCCUUCCUCUUUCACCUGCCGAUUGUUUGCAGUCCGACUGACACAUCAAGAAGAACCUGAAAAACUGCUGCUCCGGUCAAGAUGGUCCUGUGCUGUUGGCUGGCUCUGGUGGCUUUAAUCCCUAUGACCUUAAGCAUCAAUCCUGGGGUGAAAGUCAGGCUAACAGGAAAAGGCCUUGAAUAUGGCAGACAACUGGGGAUGGCUUCCAUCCAGCAGAAACUCAAAACCGUCAAAGUCCCAGAUAUAUCAGGGAAACAAAGGGUGUCUCCCAUUGGCAAAGUCAAGUACAGCCUGUCAAAUAUGCAAAUAGUGGACGUGGGAUUGCCAAAGUCUGCGCUGGAUCUGGUGCCAGGGACUGGUGUCAAACUGUCCAUUGGUAACGCCUUCCUCCGUAUGCACGGAAACUGGAGGGUCAAGUACCUCCGAAUAAUAAAGGACCGUGGCUCUUUUGAUUUGAAUGUCAAUGAUCUCACUAUCACAACAACUAUUGCCAUCAAGAGUGAUGCGACAGGCCGACCUGUGGUCAGCAGUGUCAACUGUGCGGCCACUGUCGGCAGUGCGAAGAUCAAAUUCCACGGUGGAGCCAGCUGGCUGUACAAUCUCUUCAGAAAGUUCGUUGAUAAGGCUAUACGAAAUGCACUGCAGAAACAGAUCUGCCCUCUGGUGGCCAAUGCAGUAUCUGAUCUGAACCCUCAGUUGAAAACUCUGAAUGUUUUAGCCAAGGUGGACCAGUAUGCAGAGAUUGAAUAUUCCAUGGUGUCAUCGCCCACAGUGUCAAACUCUUGUAUUGACUUCAGCUUGAAGGGUGAAUUUUACAACAUCGGGAAGCAUCAGGAGCCUCCGUUCUCCCCCGCAGCCUUCUCCCUGCCGCCCCAGAUCAACAACAUGUUGUAUAUCGGCGUGUCUGCCUUCACCAUCAACUCUGCAGCCUUCGUCUACAACACAGCUGGAGCCCUCAGCCUGUACAUCACUGAUGACAUGAUCCCACAAGCAUCUCCCAUCCGACUCAACACCAGAACGUUUGGAGCCUUCAUCCCGCAGGUUGCCAAGCGUUUCCCAGGACUGAUGAUGAAACUGCUGGUGAAGACGGUGAAAAACCCUGUCGUCACUUUUGAACCCAACAACGUGACAGUUCAGGCCACUGGCACAGUGACGGCCUACGCUAUCCAACCCAACACCACACUUUCACCGCUCUUUGUCCUAAACUUGGAGACGAGUGUCAGCGCCCGAGUGUUUGUCAGUGGAAUGAGGCUGGCCGGAGCUGUCACCCUAAACAAAAUGGCUCUGACCCUGGGGACAAGUUAUGUGGGAGAGUUUCAGGUCAGAUCCCUCGACAGCAUCUUCCAAGUGGUCCUCAAAGUUGUUGUGAUACCUAUACUGAACGUUCAACUUGCGAAGGGAUACCCACUUCCUACACUUGGAAAGAUGAACCUCUUGAACACUGAGCUUCAGGUCCUGAAGGACUAUAUGCUGAUUGGGACGGAUGUUCAGUUCACGGGUUGAAUGGCAUUUCUGGAAACUCCCAGGAUUCAUUUCUGCACUGGGGCAUGCAACCAUGAAGGCAAUCACAGCCAGAGUUCAACUAUCUGACGGACAGAUUUCAAAGAACAAACUGAAUGAUGCACAAAUAUUACUUCUACGAGAAAUGCAUAUUUCCUGUUUGUACUUAGAUAUCACCUGAGGUUUUUAUAAUUUUUCUGUUCUUUAUACUAUUUUUCUUUUCUUUUUUUUACUUGGUUUUUUACAGACCAAGUUUUCCAUAUAAAAUGCGAUGGGGGCAGUGAACCUUUCCAAUAGGGUUACUGCAGUCAUGUCACUACAGGACAGUCUGCAGGAAACGGUUCACUGUUGUCACCACAAUCAUCUUUUUUUAAAUAAAAUGCUCCUUCCAAAGCAAAUCACAGCACUUUCUACUGCUGACUUUAGGAAAAAUAAUUUCUCAAAGUUUCUGACUUGCUAGCUUACAGAGCGAUUCUACAAAUGUGCUGAUCCUUCACAUUUUUGCUGCAGUUUGUAGAGUAGCCUACCAUAAAAAAUACAAUGACAUCAAUCAAGCAACAUACAAAACAAAUCAGUCACUGUUGUAUGUAUUAAACAAUUUACAUCAACCAAA